CAAGAAGUGUGAUGAUCAGAUCAGUCAACUGAAAGUAAAAACAGUGCCAUUAGAUACACACCUCACGAUCUCCUUGAAUCCAGCAAUAAAUACACACCGUUUAAUGUGAAACACAACACGGAAGUAAACCCACUACAUACACAGACACAUUACUUUCACUUAUACUCUAUUGUGUUCACAUGUCAGGGCUCCACCCCUCUCUUCUUACAAUUUCACUUCAAUUCAAUUUUAUUCACAAUGUGCAUUGUUCCAAAGCAGCUUUACAGGAGAAAAUAAGAAAAACUGAAAAACACAAAAAAGAUCUGAGGUCAGUGUCUCAUUAUGGAGUAUAGAGAGAGCAUUGAUUCUGAAAUAAAACAUUCAGAGAGAAAAACAUCCUCAUCAUCUCCAGAACCCAGUGUUGUGUCUCUUAAGAGUAACAGUUCGUUGCCUCUUCUUCCACCUAAACUCGGUGAUGGAUCAGUAACAUCUGAACCUCUAUCAGAGGUUCAGAGAGGAACUUGUCCAGAACCCAGUGUUGUGUCUCUGAAGAGUAACAGUUCGUUGCCUCUUCCACCUGAACUCGGUGAUGCAUCAGUAACAUCUGAACCUCUAUCAAACGUUAGAGGUGAAGGUGGUGUGAGUGCAGACGUGCAGCAGGAUUGUCAUGAUGAAUCAGUGGAUGAUGUUCUGCAGAGAGUCAAAGACAAACACAAAAGCAUCAUGAAGAACAAGUAUGAGAGUUUAUUUGAGGGAAUGAAAGCACAAGAGAAUCAAACGCUCCUGAAGAGAAUUUACACACAGCUGUACAUCAGAGAGGGAGAGAGUGAAGGAGUGAAUGAAGAACAUGAGGUUUUACACAUGGAGAAACAGCCCAGAAGAACACAAGACACUCCAAUCUACUGCAAUGACAUCUUUAAACCUCAAUCACAUCAAAGACACAAAAUCAAGAGCGUUCUUACUAAAGGCAUCGCUGGAAUUGGAAAAACAGUCUCUGUGCACAAGUUCAUUCUGGAUUGGGCCGAGGGAACAGCCAAUCAGGACGUAGAUUUCAUGUUCCUGCUUCCGUUUCGAGAGCUGAACUUGAUUGGAGAGCAUCGCUACAGUCUUCACAAACUUCUGCUGGACUUUCAUCCUGAACUUCAAGAUGUGGACUCUCAGAUUUAUGAGGAGUGUAAAGUUGUGUUCAUCUUUGAUGGUCUGGAUGAAAGCAGAAUGACACGGAUGUUUUCAGACCACAGUGAGAAAGUUUCUGAUGUGACGGACGCUUCAUCAGUGGCCGUGUUGAUGUCAAACCUCAUGAAAGGAGAUCUGCUUCCCUCCGCUCUCAUCUGGAUCACCUCCAGACCAGCAGCAGCCAAUCAGAUCCCCUCCAAAUACAUCACGCGUGUGACAGAAAUCCAGGGAUUCGACGACGCUCAGAAGGAGGAAUAUUUCAGGAAGAGAAUCAGCGACGAGCAUCAAGCCAGCAGAAUCAUAUCCCACAUUAGAAGAGCGAGAAGCCUCCACAUCAUGUGUCACAUACCGGUCUUCUGUUGGAUCUCCUCCACUGUGCUUCAGAAGAUCCUGACACAAGAUCACAGUGAAGAAAUCCCCAAAACUCUGAGUGAAAUGUACAUCCACUUCCUGCUGAUCCAGAUGAAGAUGAAGAAUGAGAAGUAUGAUCCAGAGAGAGAUCCAGAGAUCAACAGAGAAGUGAUUGUGAAACUGGCUGAAGUGGCUUUCAAACAGCUGAUGAAGGGCAAUGUGAUGUUCUAUGAGGAGGAUCUGAGAGAGUGUGGGAUAGACAUCACUGACGCCUCGCUGUAUUCUGGCAUCUGUACUGAGAUCUUUAAGGAGGAAUCUGUCAGUCAUCAGAGGAAGAUCUACAGCUUCAUACAUCUCAGCUUUCAGGAGUUUCUCGCCGCCCUGUACGUGUUUUACUAUUAUGCCAUCAAAAAUACAGAUACUUGUCAGUUUUUUGAUGUAGUUCACACUAUGCAUAGAGAGACAGUAGAUAAAGGUCUUGAGAGUGAAACUGGUCAUCUGGAUCUUUUCUUGAGGUUUCUGCUGGGCAUCUCACUGGAGUCCAAUCAGAGACUCUUACAGGAUCUACUGACACACAUGGUGGACACCUCACAAACCAUCAAGAAAACCACACAGUACAUCAAAGAGAAAAUUAAACUGGAAAAUCUCUCAGCUGAAAGGUCCAUCAAUCUGUUCUUGUGUCUGUCUGAAGUGAAAGAUCAGACUCUGUACAGAGAGAUCGAGGAGUUUGUGAGAUCAGACAAACACUCAGAGAAGAAACUCUCGGCCGCUCACUGUUCAGCAAUAGCCUACAUGCUUCAGAUGUCAGAGGAGGUGAUGGAUGAGUUUGAUCUGAAGAAAUACAACACAACACAGGAGGGCAGAAGAAGACUCGUACCGGCUGUCAACAACUGCACAAGAGCUCUCCUACAGAGUUGUAAUCUGACUGGUGAGUGUUGUGAAAGUUUGUCUUCAUAUCUGCAAUCCUCAAACUGUCUGAGAGAGCUGGACCUGAGUAACAAUGAUCUGAAGGAUUCAGGAGUGAAGCUGAUCUCUGAUGCUCUCAAGACUCACAACUGUCAGCUACACACACUGAGAUUGUCCAGUUGUAAUCUGACUGGUGAGUGUUGUGAAAGUUUGUCUUCAUGUCUGCAAUCCUCAAACUGUCUGAGAGAGCUGGACCUGAGUAACAAUGAUCUGAAGGAUUCAGGAUUGAAGCUGAUCUCUGAUGCUCUCAAGACUCACAACUGUCAACUACACACACUGAGGUUAUCAGGUUGUAUGGUGACAGAUGAAGGUUGUUGUUAUUUGGCUUCAGCUCUGAGUUCAAACCCGUCACACCUGAGAGAGCUGGAUCUGAGCUACAAUCACCCACAACACUCAGCACUUCAGCUGCUCUCUGAUAGAUUCAAUGAUCCAAACUACACACUCAACAAACUCAAUGUGGAUCAUGGAGGAGAGUUCAGAAUUACAGCAGGACCACGCAAGUAUGUCUGUGAGCUCACACUGGAUCUAAACACAGCAAACUCUCACCUCAAACUGACUGAAGAGAACAGAAAGAUCACAUGUUUGGAUGAGAGUCAGUCGUAUCCUGAUCAUCCAGACAGAUUUGAGUGUUAUCAGGUUUUGUGUGGAGAGAGUCUGACCGGACGCUGUUACUGGGAGGCUGAAUGGAGCGGAUCAGCUGCUUAUAUAUCAGUGUCCUAUAAAAGCAUCAGGAGGACAGGAUGGGGUGAUGACACUGUGUUUGGAUACAAUGUAAAAUCAUGGAGUCUGGGGUGCUCUGAUGACGGAUUCACUGUUCGGCACAAUAAUAAUGAAACAGUCAUCCGUGUGUCUUCAGGUGUGUGUAAGAGAGUAGGAGUGUAUGUGGACUGGCCGGCCGGCACGCUGUCCUUCUACAGCGUCUCUGAUACACACACACUCACACACUUACACACAUUCAACACCGCAUUCACUGAACCGCUAUGUGCUGGAUUUAGAUUUUUUGAUUUAAACUCUUCAGUGUCUCUGUGUAACACACACACACACACAUACAGUGAGUGACUGAAAAAAACACUUAAUUAUAUUUUAUUAAGUUCAGGAGUAGCACAUACUAUAAUAAUUUAUCCGGCGUCUAUCCGUUUGUUCUAUGAAUCACACGUGUGCACUUUUAGAAAUGAUCGUAAGAUCAAAUUUAGAACGGUUCCUACGCUGUAUUUUGAUUAUUAAUAAAAUGUAAGUCCUCGGGUGUGCCAUAUUUUGAACAUUCAAUGCACAGAUACAGGCAGAGCUGGCCCUCCCUAUAAGCGGGCCCCCAAAAGCACAUCAAAAUUACAGCUUUUUUGUGAUAUAUUCACGACACACAUCCAUUUUAUCACGUAGGGCCGUAGCCACUAUUUUUUCUGUGGUGUGUGUCAACAUUUGUGAAAUUACUGACGCAACAUUAAAAUAUCCAAAUAAGUGAGGUGGCCAAUCAAAUGAAAGGAGGGUGUCUAUAGGGUGUCUAUAGGGUGUCUAUAGGUUGUGGUUCAAAUGAAAUCAAAAAAUCUUAAAAAAAAAAAUCUUUGCAAAUAGUUAAUUGAACAAUAAAUUCUACAACCUUUGUACGGUCUGUGCUCAUAAUUUAAAGGGACAGUUCACCUAAAAUUGGAAGCAAUGAAAUGAUCAAAUGUUUUGUGUUGUUCUUAUGUUCUUAUUUCUCACGGGUUAACUUAAGCCAUUCUUAUAGCACUAGACAGAGCAUUAUGGAUCUGGAUUUAUGCAGGUUAAAAAACUCCUACGGUAAAAGAGCAUUUCAGUAUGCAGGUGCUCUUGAAUGGAAUAAACUUCCUUUGAACAUUAAGGCCCGGUUUCACAGACAAGGUUUAAGGCUAGUCCCAGACUAAAGUAAUGUUUGACCUGUUUUAACGGGAUAUAUCUUGCCCUGAAAUGUCUUAAAAUAUAUCAGUGCCAUUGUUUUAUCUUAAGAUGCACAGCAGUAAUGUAUUCUUCUAAGGCAUUUUUAUAAAAGCAACAUAAAUAACUUAAUUCAACUAAGGCAUGGUCCUGGCUUAAAAUAAGCCAUGUCUGUGAAACCGGGCCUAAAUGUAUUAAGGAUUAUAAUGAUUUUAGUAUAGCGGUAAAAAAACUAUUUAGAGGGGUCGUUUUAAAUUUAGGUUUUUAUUGUUUGUAUUAAUAUUUUCUUUAUCUAUUUUUUACAUUUAUUUUCUAUGCAUGCUAAAUACAUCUGUCGUCACCAAAUCUAGACUAUCAAGGACCACAAUGGAAAUAAAUUGUGUAACUUUCUUGCGUUAUCCUUGACAAGAGUAUGAUACGGAUGUAUUGCUACUUAAAUAAAAUCAAAUCAAAUCAAAUGUUUUGACAAUGACAAUACACUUGUAAUGUAAGGUUUAGGAUAGUAAGGUUAAGAUACCAACGAGUCCAAGACAAGUCCGAGACCACAGAAAAAAACGUCUCAAGUCCGGACUCAAGUAAUACAGCAGGUUCACCCUAAAUACGCGGGGCCCUAUAAAGUAAUAUGUUGUGGCGCUGACGACAAUUACACGAUUUUAACACCUGACCGGAAAAAGAAAUUGCAGAUCUGUCAUGUAAAUGUUUUAAAAUCGUACUACGACUGACACAGACAGCAAUCAGUUAAGCCUGUGCUGUGGUGCUAGUGGAGCUCCCCUCAGUUCGGCUCGGCCGUGUCCACUGAUGAAUUAAAGAUGCCUGAUGAUUGUGUGCUGCAGGGGCGAUUAAAGAACUCAAAAACGAUAGAAAAAUUGUCAUCCGAACUUAACCAUUUAAACACGGCUCAACGGCAAGAGCUGACCAGUUUGCUGUUUGAGUUUCCGGAGUUGCUCUUGUUGUGUUUGUACCCCUGAACACAAAUAAAGAUGAGACAUUGAUGGACUGUAUUUCUUCGUUUACUAAACAAAGUUUUACUACCACCUUACAGGGUUGGUCAACCAAAACAAUACAAAGAGUUACUCUCUUAGAAUGGACAUUAUUAACAAUCCUGGAGUUUCUUAAACACUCCAUACACUACAGCUCUCUGAUGUGCUGAUGCAAACGAAUGUGUUGAAGCAUGACAUAGAUGUUGGCGAUGCUGCGCCUAUCCGCCAACGUUUUUAUAGAGUUCUGCUAAAUACGCGUGAGAUUCAGGAAAAGGAGAUUCAUUAUCUGUUAAAUAAAUUUAGCUAAACCCUCUUCCUCUAGUUGGUCUACUUUGUCUACUUGUUAAAAAGUCUGACGGGUCCUUUUAUUUCUGCAUGGACUAUCGAAAAUUAAAUUUGGUUAAGAAACCCAACUCCUUCCCUCUACCAAGAUUAGAGGAUUGCGUUGACCAGCUUGGUGCUGCAAAUUUGUGACUAAACUGAAUUUAUUAAAAAAAAUAGUUAUGGGCAAAUAAGGACAAGUUAAAUUAGUUGUACUGCAUGUCCACCGAAAGAAUAUUAAAUAAAAAAAUACUAAUUUGUUACCAACAGAAUUUUUUUAUCCAUGGCGUUGUCACGACAGGCAGAUUAUGUCACAAAGUUAUGUUGAGAUGGCGAAUCCAGUAAUUUAAUUUUUCCGGUUGCACUUACGUCGCCAUAAUGUAAGUUUGGUCAUCAGGUUACAUACAGGGUAACAGUCACAUAUUUUGGCUAGCUGGGAUGAUGGAUGAGACUAGAUGAUGAGUGGAUUUUUAACUAAAAAACUGUAUUUCUGUACUUGAUACACUCCCCCAGCACUCCAACAUGUUUCAGAAAGUUUUUUCUAAUUCUGGAUCCCCGUGAUCCUUUUAUUGGCCAUUCUCCCGGAAAAGCAUGGCAAGGCGAAAGAAAGUGCCAGCCCACGAGCCAACUCGACGAGCGAGACCUGCUUAGCAUCAAGGUUAUCUGCGCUGCAUCAUGAUGGGCUCGUUACUCUUGCGAUAGUGAAGUUUAGGUGUGUUUGUUCACGGUAUUUCAGUGAUGGAUGUUAUUGUGGGAUUACAGAUUUAUAAAAUGUUAUAUCUAGGUUCCAAUGUAAUAGUAUGCACAUUGUGUUUCACAUUUUGAGGUAAAGAUGAUGACAUUCUAAGAAGAUCAAGUCAGGCAGCCCAGGUGUCAGAGACAUCACCCUUUUGUCUUUAUGCGCUUCCUGACCAUUGGGCAAGGUCCCAAGUUAAAGGAGAAUGCUAAGUUCAAGACACAGCUGUGCCUUUGUCUCUAUGAUAAUGUGAAGGUACUGUAUGGGCAAUACUGUCAGGCUGAUUGGAUUAGCACCUAUGCAUUUGAAUGACACUGUUAUGCUGAUGAGAUCAGGGCUGGGGAAGAUUCUGGUAACGGGCUGAUUCCUGUACUGCAUUUGCAUGCUUUGUUUAAAUCGUCUCCACCAUGUAUCCCUCCCCCUUGAAAGGUAUAAACUCUACUGUGCUGAGUUAUAGUCAGACUUGGAUGACUGCAGCGACGCACAGCGAG